AUGACAUUGUUUGGUAAAUACAAGUUAUCUGAGUUGCCCGGCUCUUGCGCCAUUGCCAACGUCCGCUACUCCACCGCUGGCCACUCCAAGCUCGUGAGCGUCCAACCCUUCGUCGCCGGCUACCGUUUCGGCUCCGUCGCCGUCGCGCACAAUGGAAACUUCGUGAACUACCGCUCCAAACUGGAAGACAAUGGGUCCAUCUUCAACAUGACCUCCGACACCGAGGUCGUGCUCCACCUGAUUGCCACCUCCAAGCACAGACCUUUCCUACUCAGAGUCGUGAAUGCCUGCGAGAAUCUGAAGGGGGCGUACUCCCUGGUGUUCCUCACGGAGGACAAGCUGGUGGCUGUGAGGGACCCCUUCGGGUUCCGACCUUUGGUGAUGGGAAGGAGAAAGAACGGCGCUAUGGUUUUCGCCUCGGAGACAUGCGCGCUGGAUUUGAUCGAUGCGACGUAUGAGAGAGAGGUGAACCCGAGUGAGGUUGUGGUGGUGGACCACACGGGAAUCCAAUCCCUCUGCCUCGUGACUCAUCAGGAGACAAAGCAAUGCAUCUUCGAGCACAUAUACUUCGCACUUCCCAACUAUCUUGUCUUCAGGAGGUCUGUGUACGAGUCUAGGAGGAAAUUCGGGGAAAUACUGACCAUUGAGAGCCCCGUUGAGUGCGACGUUGUGAUUGCGGUUCCCGAUUCUGGGGUGGUGGUUGUGCUUGGCUAUGCUGCAAAAGCUAGGGUUCCCUUUCAGCAGGGGUUUAUAAGGUUGCACUAUGUGGGGAGGACUUAA